AUGUCACAGCUACGAAUACAUUUGAACCAGUCCUGGAGAUAUUUUAACAGAUCAUCUUUCAAACUUAAGUACCCCUCACCACGUCAUACACUACUGCCUACUGCUUGCAUUUUAUAUUAUAACAGAGAAAAGAUUCUACAAAGGUCUAAUCGAUCAUUGUUAUUGAAUGAUACUCUAAAAUCAGACCCUAAUGGAGAUACCUUUGAAAUGGGACUUUACUUAUCCUCUCAAAGAGAAAUAAGGGAUAAACUAGAAAACGAUCGCCAAUCAAAACUUGAAGGUUCCAGAAACCUGUUAAUACGUCUCUCAAGGGUUUUCAUAUACCAAAUAAAAGAUAGUUUAAUUGAACCCAUUUUCACUUUACUUAGGUUCUUAGAGUUAUCAACAAUCUUCCUUCCCGUUUUGCUCAUAUACCCAAUUACAUAUCUAGGAAGGCCAAUACAGUUACCUGAUGGAGAAGUCGAUACAAGAGGUUCGUUGCUUUGGUGUAAGUUAGUCAAAAUAGCGCUUGAAUAUGCUGGUCCAAGUUUUAUAAAAUUAGGACAAUGGGCAGGUUCAAGAAAUGAUAUUUUUUCCAAAACAUUAUGUGACGCAUUAAGUCAGCUACAUAGUAAUGUGUCUCCUCAUCCAUUUAAAUAUACUAAGAAGGUACUUUGUGAAAUGUUAAAUGUAGGUGAGCUUGGUGAAGCAUUUGAUGAGAUCAAUGAGAAACCUUUAGGUGUCGGUGCCAUUGCUCAGGUUUAUGUCGCUAAAUUAUCUGAAUUAUUUGUCAAGAAACAUAACGUAAUAACUAAUAACGGUAAUGGAAAUGGAAAUGAUGCUAAUAAUCGAUGGUGUGCAAUCAAAAUUAUACAUCCCAAUGUAAGGAAACAAAUUAGUAGAGAUUUAAAAAUAAUGGAUUUUUUCGCCAGGUGUAUUAAUUCUCUACCGAAUAUGGAAUGGCUUUCUUUACCCGAUGAAGUGGAACAAUUUUCAAUAUUAAUGAAUUUACAAUUGGAUUUGAGGAUAGAGGCAUUGAAUUUGAAACGGUUUAAUGAAAAUUUCAAAAAUGAUUUACAAAUUAAAUUUGCCAAUGUAUUUCUGAAUUUAUGCAAUAAGGAUGUUUUAUUUGAAGAAUAUAUUUAUGGAUUCCCCAUGGGAGAUUUCUUAAAAAUAAAAACCAAAAUAAAUGACGAUAACCUCUGUAGAAGGGUUAGCGAUCCUUUCGUUGACGCAUUUUUGAAGAUGUUAAUUUUAGAUGAUUUUAUACAUGCUGAUUUGCAUCCUGGAAAUGUAUUGAUACGUUUCGUUAAGACAAACAAGUACGGUACAAGCAUAUUGUCCUCUGAAGUUGAUGAUUUUAAAGUUACACAUUCUCUAAGGAAAAAAUUUGAAAAACAGGAUCCUGAGUUUAUCUUAGAAUUAAAACAUGUUUUGGAAAAUUACACUCCACAAGUUUGUUUCAUUGAUACAGGUUUAGUUACAGAAUUGAAUGACAAAAAUAGAGUUAACUUUAUUGACCUCUUCAAUGCAUUGGCAAGGUUUAAUGGAUAUCGGGCCGGUGAAUUGAUGAUUGAAAGAUCCAGGACUCCAGAAACAGCAAUAGAUAAGGAACUAUUUGCCUUAAAAGUAAAAAAGCUAACUGAUAAAGUCAAACAACGUACUUUUACAUUAGGAACAGUAUCAAUAGGAGAUUUAUUAGAGCAGAUGUUAACGAUGGUCAGAUCACACCAUGUCCGUAUGGAAGGUGAUUUCGUUUCUGUAGUAGUUGCAAUUUUAUUAUUGGAAGGUAUUGGGCGACAAUUGGAUCCCGACUUGGAUCUAUUUGAAAGGUUCGUAUUCUUUGCAUUAAUUAAGGGUUUGAAAAAUAAGACCAAUAAGAAACAUUUACUAACAAAAUCAUGUUGCGUUUUCAUUUUACUUGUAUAUACAUACAGUUCGCUACCCAUUCUGAGGGAGUAUGGUUUCUCCGGAGGUGACAAGACAAGUUUACUAAAGGAUACAAACACUUUUACCAUGUUGAAGAUUUGGUUGGGAUUGGAGAUAAGGAAAUUGAUGACAUUGUCGAUAAAGGAGUUAUAUAAUUUAGUAAAAUGGGAUGAGCUUUGUCCUAACUAUUAA